AUGCACUACAUCCGCAGCCGAGGGAUGAUCCACCGGGAUCUGACCGCGCUCAAAGUGCUCGUCUACGAACACGGCUGCUACAAGGUCGCCGACUUCGGCCUCUCCAGGAGCACUGGGACCCCGAGAGGGACGUCUACCACCAAAAGGUCAAGGGCGCCCUUCAAGUCCGACGUCUGGUCUGUCGGACUACUGCUGUGGGACAUGGUCACUUUGGGCUCGACGCCCUACCCCGGCCUGGGCGCUCAGGAGGUGACCCGCUACGUGCGCGGCGGUCACGGGAUGACGCAACCGAUCGACUGCAGCUGGGAGCUGUGCCGCUGGUGA